CGAGAUGGGGAUAAGGUCGAGGAAGAGAAACAGAACCCCGGCAGUUGAUCCACACACUUCUUCGCCGUCACACCGCCGCCGCCGCCGGCUUGACAGCGGCCGCAAGGACGUGUUCCAAGAUCUACCUCGGUCGGCGGAUGAUAGGGACUGGGCGGCGCUGCCCCGCGACGUGCUGUUGGUCAUCCUGAGCCUGCUCCCCCAAACCGAAGUCCUCCGUGGCGCGGGGCUGGCAUGUGCCCCGUGGCGGCUAGUGGCCCUCGACGAGCCGCUGCUGUGGCGGCACAUUGACCUCGCCGGCGGCAAUAAAAAGCACGUUGAGGGGUGGCAAGCCAUGGCGUUUACCGCCGUGCGGCUUAGCGCCGGCCGCUGUGAGUCCUACCGCGGCCGCGUCGACCGCGACGUCCUGAUCUUCCUCGCCCACAGCGCGCCAUCGCUGCGGAGCCUCCACGUGACGUGCCGGUUCGACAUGACCUGCAGCGAGAAGUUCAUCGCGGUGGUGGCGAAGAAGAUCCCUAUGCUGGAGAAGCUCGUGUUGUCGAACGGCCUGAUCACGCUAGCUUCGUUGGUUGUUCUCGCGGACCACUGCCCUCGCCUCCAGUCAAUCGAUGCCGGCGGCUGUCGCACGACACGCGCCUUGCGCUCCACCGAACAAUCGCUGCGAGCAAGUCUGAAGAGCAGGAUCAAGGAUCUCCGGCUGCCGCACCCGCAGUUCAUAGGUUAUAGGAUAGUACUACAUCAACUUGAGUGAUUAUAUAAGGAUGUGUUCGGUUUGAGAAUCAGGAUGCAUGGAAUGGAAUGGUUCCAUUCCAAUGUCAUGGAAUGGUUCCGUGCUUGUGUUCGGUUCGGGAAAAGCGAGGAACGGAAUGGUUCCGUGCUUGUGUUCGGUUCGGGAAAAAUCGCGGAACGGUGAGCACCUAGAG